AACUAAGGUAAGUUUGGUCCAGGUGAAAAAUUGUUCCAAUUCUUGUGUCAUUCAUACUAAUUGUGAAGGAAUGGACAACACAACAAUAGGCAACUUUCACUCUACAUUAACAAGCAAACAAUUUUCAAAACUGUAAACUAAAUGAGUUUAAGUUAAGAAAAAUAUUUCUCAACAAGUUAAAAUAUUAAUUCCGAGCCGUCUAUUCACCAUUCGUUAAUUAAUUCUAUUCUUGCAUAGUUGAUAUUCUAGUUAGUUUAGUUUUUGGAGAUUUGCAAGUAUAAAUUAAUUUUGUUAAUCCGAUCUGAGGACAUCCCUGAGUUUGUAAUUGUUUUAUCCAAUUUAUGUGAAGUGGACCCUCGUUUCUAUAAAGCGUCACAGCUCUCAAAUUUUUGUUUGACGACACUUUUCACAUUGACGACUUGUAAAUUGUUGGCUGUUGACAAUAACGUCGACUGCCAAUCAGUUCACAUAAUUUUUGCUGUGGUAUAAUAAUGAGAAGUGGAACUGGUAGAUCCCGAACCCACAGCCAUCAAACGUCGAAACGAAAGGAAGGAAAGAGCCAUCAUCACCAUCAUCAUCACGAGAUAUCAUCAGCAGUGAUCACAUCAUCGUCAUCAGCAAUAUCCUCAUCAGUGACAACUAUGCGACUCCGUGAAUCCGAAAUUGCUCCUCCUCCGUUAGCAAAUAAGAAUCAGCCUGGACUUCCCUCCAACUCUAUCUACAGCGGAUCAAAGUUCGACGGAUCUCAAAAAUCGCGUGGAAAUUCUUACGACGUUGAAAUUACAUUUAAAAAUGUCGACGUUCAAAACAGCCAUAUCUGUGGUUAUUUGACAAUUAAAGGACUCACAGAGGAACAUCCAAUAAUCACCACGUUUUUUGACGGUGAAAUCAUUAGCAGAAAAUAUCCAUUUUUAACUAGAAAGUGGGAUGCAGAUGAAGAAAUUGACCGUAAACAUUGGGCAAAGUUUACUGGUUUUACACCAUACACAAAAUCUUUCAACUCGGACAACUUUGAUUUUGAGUCUCUAGCCACGUCGGACAAUGUCUUUAUGCGACUGAAAGAGCAAUUCUUUGUAUACCCAGAAAAUGUGAAAGACAUCGCAGGUGUCAGUUUUGCUGGUUUUUACUAUAUCUGUUCAACGAACUCGACUGCUACGAUGGAAGGUUAUUACUACCAUCGUGGAGCCGAGUGGGGUGGGACAGACAAUAGAUAUCAGUCCUUGACCCUAUCUCAUAUUCCUGAAAAGAGCAUUCAGAUUUACCAGUUUAGAUAAUACUUAUGUGUGUAACCGUCCUUAUCAAAAAGUGCUCGGUGAAUCGUUCGCAUGAAAUAAUCCGUGGUGCAGUCAUUCGCGAAUUUUUAUUUAUUUCACAUUUAGCUGAUUAAUUUUAACUCUGGAGUUGAUUUUUUAGCGAGUUUUAAUUUGUUAAUUCUCGGACAUGUAGGUAAUUUAGUUAGAUUAUUCGUUCUUGUAACAUAUGAAACGCUUUAUUGUUAUAAUAAUUGUGUCACUUGUUAGAAAUUUUAAAAAUGGUGCUGGGAUAUAAAGCAGAUGCAGUUUUUAAGAAACAAGUGUUGUAGUUUGUAUUCUGCUAUAUAGCUCGUACUUUUGUCGUCGAUUCGACCCUGGUGAGCUAUCUUUUAUGAAUUAAUACAUAAUUACUUAUUUUUAGCACUUUCAAGGUAAGCCUUGACAAACACAGGUAGGAGGAAGCGUGUAUGAACACCUAUGAGGUAUUGAACGACAUAUAUGUAUGUGCAUGAUACAUUGUUAACUGAAACAGUACAAACGUGCAUGGUGCACAAUUCUGUUGUCUGCAUUAUAAUCACCUACUAAUUUUAUUGAUAAAAAUCCAGGGCAUGUACCUUAUCGGAGUAGACUAGGAAAAUGUGAAAUUUUUUAAAUCAGAACCAGGAUACGAAACCUGGUUAACUUUUAUCACGUGGUUGAAAGAGUCUCAACCAGUGCUUUUAUGCUUAAUGUGACUUUUUGUCAACCAAUCGAAUCAUGUAAAAUUAACUGUUCUGAAAAUGUUACGGACAAAAACACAGACAGACGGACACUCCAGAAAGUUUGAAUUAUUAUUUCGAUUAUCUUUGGUGCUUUUCCUAUGAUGAAUUUCUCGCAUAAUGUAUAAAUGAUACGCAUUGAAUCAAGUGAAGCUGUUAUCCAACAGAAUUUUAUCAUCUCGGUGUAUUAAUAACUGUAAUAAGUAAACUUUAGACUAAUAUAUGACUAAUAUAUUCAAUCGCUGUAGUGUUGACCUUUUAUCCACUGAUUUUAACUAAACUUGUAUUUGACGUUCUUUCUAGUCUGAAUUUUUUAAGUGUGUUUUAUAUUUUUCUUUUGACCGUUCGUUCAUGUCUCCAAUGUAUUAGUGACAUGAUCGACAUGUGAUUGUAAUUUACUCUUGUGCGUUGGUUUGUUCUUUUGAUUUGCCCUCUACUUAACUUAAGUUAGUUGACUUAAAUUAGAGUUAAUUUUGACUUGUCCGGAUAUUUUACCUAUUUGACAACGAUGAUUUAAACCAUUUUAAUUGUAUGUCGUCAUUUAUUAUAUACGCUUUUAAUGAAUUGAUUGAAUAAAUGUGUACGGUAAAUAA